GCUCGCCAAACAUCUGCGUCCGAGGGCAUCAAACAUGGCCGCAAUGGCAACCGGAGGCAAAAGAUGAAAUUCAUCGUGUUCGCAUUGCCGCGCCGCAUCUGAUUUCGUCUUCAUUUACUCGAGGGGGUAGACCGCAGUGUUUUGCAGGCGCAGUGCCGGAUACCCAUUCAGCAAAUAUGAUACUCCGUGUUCAGUCUCCCGAAGGUACGAAGAGGGUCGAAUGUGAAACGGGUGACACAGCGGCUGUUCUUUACAACAAGAUACAGAGUGCCUUCAACUUGCCCGAUCUGAUGUGUUUCACCGUCUACAAGAACAGAGAAAAAUCGACUCCCGUUCCCCUGCAAAAUACCCGGCUGUCCACGCAUGGUUUCAAACAUGGUGACAUGCUGUAUUUGGUGCCCACGAACCAGGCUGCGCAAGUCAACGCUGCCAAUGUCGGCAAUGGCACCUUAGAAAGGAACGCCAGCCCCUCUCCGGCCGCCCCUGCCCCCGUCACCGAAGACGAGGUGGACGUCUUUCUGUCCAAACAGUCCGGCCUGAUCGACCGACCUCGCGAUGACAAGCUCUGUCAUCACGGGGCCAACGCAAAAUGCGUCCACUGCACCCCCUUGGAGCCUUAUGACGAGAACUACAUGCGGGAACACAGCAUCAAGCAUCUCUCGUUCCAUUCAUACCUCCGCAAAAUCACUGGUGGCCUUGACAAGGGCAAGUUUGCGGGGCUGGAGAACAUCAGCUGCAAGCUGCGCGCGGGCUGCCGGGACCACGCGCCCUGGCCUCGGGGCAUCUGCACCAAGUGCCAGCCCAACGCGCUGACGCUCAACCGGCAGGUGUACCGGCACGUCGACAUGGUCAUGUUUGAGAACCCGACCAUCGUCGAGCACUUCCUGGACUUCUGGAGGGAGACCAUGCACCAGCGGAUAGGCUUCCUGUACGGCCGGUACGAGGCGCACAAGGACGUGCCCCUGGGCAUCCGUGCCACUGUUGCCGCCAUCUACGAGCCCCCACAGGAGAGUACGCCAGACGCAAUCAAAUUGCUGCCUGACGAGAAGGAGCAGCUUGUGGACGAGCUGGCAUCUCGGCUUGGACUGGUUCGCGUCGGCUGGAUCUUUACCGACCUUGUGCCCGAAGACCUUCAAAAGGGAACUGUAAAGCACCUCAGAAACAUUGAGUCGUGCUUCCUGAGCGCUCAGGAGUGCAUCAUGGCGGGCCACUUCCAGAACAGCCACCCAAAUCCCUGCCGGCUCUCACCCGACGGAUACUUUGGCUCCAAGUUUGUCACCGUCUGCGUCACAGGUGACUCUGAGAACCGGGUACACAUGGAGGGUUACCAGGUGUCCAACCAGUGCAUGGCGCUGGUGCGGGACAACUGCCUGGUGCCCACGCGCGACGCCCCCGAGCUCGGCUACGUCCGUGAGUCCUCCAACGCCCAGUACGUGCCCGACGUCUUCUACAAGUACACCGACUCGUAUGGCAACGAGGUGACCCAGAUGGCACGGCCACUGCCCAUCGAGUACCUGCUGGUGGACGUGCCCGUGUCGACGCCCAAGGACCCCAAGGAGCCGACGUUCUAUGCGGCACCGGGCAAGCGGCACUUCCCCGUCGAGAACCGGCUUCUCGAGGGUCACAUCCAGGACCUGGGCGCUGUGGCCAGGCACCUGUCCCAGUUCACCGCCAACAACGCCGGCAGCGAGAACGUGCUCGAGGCCUUCUCAGACUUCCACCUGCUCCUGUAUCUCGCCUCGCAGGACAUUGUACCACUAAGGGAGACCAUGGUGCCCCUUUUAGAUGCAAUUCGCACGAAGAACCGGGACAUGGCCCGACAGUGGACGACAAACGACCACUGGCAAACAUUCGAGCAGAUCUUACAAGGUACCGGCUCGGAACACAGGGAGGGGGCCUCGGCCGCGUCGUGGACGUGUCAACACUGCACCUACCAGAACACCAAGAGCGGCAACACGUGCGAGAUAUGCGGCCUGCCACAAUAGGGAAAAAAACGUUGUCGGCUGCAUUGCGAUUGCUUGGACUCCGUUCUUUCUUGCUCAUUCUUAAAUCUUCCUCUCACACUCAAUUAUGUUCUCGCUCUUUUUUUUUUCUUUCUCCCAGAUUUCUCCGCUACAGUUUCCUUUUACGUUUCUGAGAAACAAAAGCCCUGUCCUCCGAAAAAAAUCGACAGACAGUGCGUGGCACGCUUCGUAAACGCUGCGUCUUGUAAAGGAACCCCUCGACCGAACAAGGAUCGAUUAUUUAUUCAAACUCCGUUCAAAGACGUUUGUUUUUGCCUGUGCCUUUUCUGCAUGUCUUUUCUUUACCCUUUUUUUUUCUGGUCGUUGGUGCUGAGGCAUUAGUAGCUUUUGGCUACCUCUGCCAUUCUGGCUCGCCCAAGCUGGCACAGACACUUGCUGUGAAAAAUAUAAAGAACGCAAUCAUGUUGCAGGAACUGAGUUGACGGGCGGUGCGAAAUAUAAAAUAAAGGAUGCAAUCAGUGUGGCUGAAACAUUUAAGGA